UGUUACCAGUUCACAUGACGUGAGGAGACCAGGAGGAGACUGGUUUCUGCAGUCGGCUCUGUGCUCGACAUCUGAACCGCGUUAAAACCGGUCGUUUCCAACGGGACUUGUCUUAUGAACACUGAAUUAUUAUUUCGUCUUAACACGGACAGAAGCUUAGCAGUGACGUCACGCCUCGCAUUUUAGAUAACAGUCCGCGAAGUCAAGUGCAAUUCACGGUGCGCUCGUGAAGGACCCACCUGCUGCCUGAAGCGGCUCCUCUUGUUGUUGUUGUUUUUUUUUUUUUUGUCUGCCCUCCAAUCUGAGAGAUGAAGCUGUUUCACGCUUUGGCCGUGCUCAUCAUCGCCUGGUGUGCGGUUAUAGGUCGCUCUCAGGCUGUUACUCUGGAGGUGAGGGCGGGGGACUCCACCUGCAUUAAGGCUGAGCUUUCAGCGUCAUUCUCCAUCCCGUACAACACCUCCAGCAGCACGAGAACAGCGCAGUUCUCUCUGCCCGACUCGGCCACAGCGGACACAGGCAGCAGCUCAUGUGGCACAGACAGCAGCUCGCCCUGGCUGGUGGCUGUGUUUGGACCCGGCCACGCUCUGGGAUUAAGCUUUUCAACCAACGGAAGUCUGUACAACGUGGCUAACCUGACGCUGCAGUACAACCUCAGCGACACUUCAGUCUUCCCCGGGGCAGACAGCUCCGAUGUCGUCACUGUUGUAUCGUCUUCAGUUGGGAUCUGGGCAACGGUCAACACCACCUACCGCUGUGAGAGUCCCACCACUUUCCGAGUUGGAGGAUCAACUGUCACUUUUUCUGGCGCAAGACUCGAGGCGUACAUGCCACAAAAUGAACUCAGUCCAACAGAGAGUGUAUGCAUGGCAGAUCAGGCUAGUACUACAGCUCCACCAACCACUGCCAGUACUACAACAACCCCAGCCCCAGCACCGACCCCUCCAGGAACUCCUGAACGGGGCACCUACUCUGUAAACAACAGAAACGGCACUGUGUGUCUCCUGGCCCGGAUGGGACUGCAGCUCAAUGUUUCCUAUUUCUCUCUAUCUCAGAACAAAACUGUGCAAGAAUUAGUAAACCUGAGUCCCAAUGAGACCAGUGUAUCAGGAUCAUGUGAAGCCAGCAGUGCUUCCCUGGUUUUAACACAAGAGCAAAUCACCACACUCAACCUCACCUUCACCCUGAACUCCACAAGCAACAAGUACCGCCUGAGUGCGAUAACGCUGCUGGCUAACUGGUCUGAUAUGAGGGGUCCUUUCCAGGCCAGUAACACCAGCCUGGAUUACCUGCGGAGUACCCUCGGCCGCUCCUACAUGUGCAACGCAGAGCAAACUCUGGCUGUAGUGCCCACUUUCUCUCUCAACACAUUCAGAGUGCAGGUGCAGCCCUUUGAAGUCACCACAAACCAGUUUGCAACAGCCGAGGAGUGUCAGAUAGACCAAACCCAGAUGUUGAUCCCCAUCAUCGUGGGAGCCGCUCUUGCCGGCUUGGUGCUAAUCGUCCUCAUUGCGUAUCUAAUAGGCAGGAAGAGGAGCCACGCUGGAUACCAAACAUCUGA